AUGAGCUCGUUUUCGAUUACUCGAAAGAAAACUCCAUUUCAGAAACACAAGGAGGAGGAAGAGGCGAAGAAGAAGGUGAGAAAUCUUCUAUUCUUUUUGCCCCUUCAGCUGCUACCAAUGUUUUCUGUUAUGCUGUUUCGUAUUUUCUUUUGGAGCAGUGUUUAAUCAGAACAUUCCGCAGAGAGACGAGGAAGAAAACGCUCGGCUGUAUCAAGAGUUUGUGGAAUCUUUCCAAGGGGAUAAUGCACCUGGGUCAAAAGCCUUUGUCAGAGGCGGGACAAUCAAUCCAAAUGAUAGGCACAAGCCUGAUUCGGAAGGUUAGUGCCUAAGGAGUGAUAUUCUCACUCUUUCCUUUGCCCCACUCUGCUAGUUUUUACUUUAUUACAAUGGAUACAUGUUGUUUUCUGUUUACAUGGAUAAUUUAAUAAAAGAGCGGACCUUUCUAUGCAUUCGGUAAUGGCAGGUGGAAAUUCAAAAGAUGGGGUAUCUGUUCCAAAGAAGGGCAGUAGGUAAUUGAACGCAGUUGAUUUUGAAGGGAGGAAUCCUGAUGCUUGGCAUAUUCUGUGCAUAGAGUAGAGAGCUUGCUGUUUUAUACGCUUCAGACUACAUUCGAGAAUAAGUCAUCGUCAUUUCAUAAAGUAGAAAAAGAUUGUGCUGGUGUUCAUUAUUUUCUUUUCGAAUUGUGGCUUACUGAUGAUAUACAUAUGUCAUAAAUCAUUACGUGGCUUCUCAUUUUUAUUAUCGAAAUGCCUGUAUCUUGUUUGCAGCCAUUCUAUUAUCUAAGAUCACAUUUAAUGUGAUCAAACCUAUAUAAUUCAUAUCUUGGGCAUAUUUUGAUAUAUUUUUUUUAUAGUGUACAUUCCUAUGAAUUACUGGCAUUUUUCUGCAUAGGUUUCACUAGCCUCAUGUGUAAGGGUUUUUACGUAAGUUAAUAUUGUCUUACUUUUAAGAGUUAUCGUUUCCUGUCUUUCGAUUGGAAUCGAACUGUCCUAAGCCACUUCUAUUCUGCUCCACUUUGCAGGUUAUUAAAAGCAUGCCAAACAUUCUAUGUUGAGCGGAAAUAAGCAUUCUCUCAUAUUUGAGUGUAACAAUUUAUUAUGAUCUAUUCGUAAAACUGAUUUUUUUAGCAUGCGUGAUUUAUAAACCAGUACAAUACGAACCGUGAUUGAAGAGUUAUCAACUAGUAAUUUUGCCACUAUUUCACGAACAUGUAAAAACAGUGUCCAUCUUUUUGUUGAAAUGAGAUUGAUUUUCUAGAAAUAGACAGAUGAAUACAUAACCCCUAUAAAAUGUUUGAUAGCGCGUCUGAAGUACUUAGUUUUUAAAAUUAAUUUAAUGCAUUAUCAUUCAGAAACAUCAUUGAACUGAAGUAACUUGAGAAGAAAGUAGAUUAGAUCCCUGUGGACAAAAAUUCUCAGGAAAACCAGUCUUGAGUUAGGCAUCACGCUGGAUUCCCUGAGCAGUAAGGCAGUUUUGCGACUGACUUAAUAAUGUUGGCUUAAAAUCUAUGGGUGGGCAUUCGAGAAUGGAACUACCCACUAAAGAGUGGAAUUGUUUUGCAAGUGACAAUCGUUGAUCACCAUUUGUUCUUCUUUUAUUUUCCUUUAUUGUCUGAUGUUAGCGGAGGCUUGUGGAUUUUGGAGUUAGGAUCAGAUGAGGUACAGAAAAAUUAUGCAAACCCUAGAAUCGAAGCACUUGUGGGUGUUAUAGCAAUGAUUUUUAAAAUUAUAAAGGAUAAAUGCAAAUAUUAAAUAUAUAUCAAAAAUUAGGUUUUAAACUUAAAUGGAAAAAGUUACGUAAAAUUGCUGACUGAAGUUAUAAUUUUCUGAUAAGAUAGGCACCAACCUUUUUCAUGGUAGUCAGAAUUUCAAUAUCUUUGGGUUAGACUAGUCCCAUUUGAUUAGGUGCUGACUGAAAUAGUCAAAUUAGAGAGAAUUACAUCGAAACUGUUAAAGGCAGUGGUAGAUAACUUUAACGACGUCUUUAUAAAUUUUCAAAAGAAGAAAAAUGUAAAAUUUCUUUUUUCAAGAGAUAGUAUUUUUAACAAACACGUUCAUCCCCUCCUCUUAUCCCACCCAAAUACUCACUCAGAGACCAUGCUCAUUCCCUUUUCCUUGCCUCAUUUUUUUCUUGAGGGCUUGUUGAGCGAAGGAUGAAAAAAUGUUUCUAACAGAGUUUUCUUUCGUUCUACUUUUUCUUAUUUCAUGGAUGCUGGCACUGAUUUCCCUUUCCCUGUUCUUUACUUCCACUUGGUGCAAGUUCCGGAUCUAUUCUUGCCCCAAUAUUCCCUGGAAUCGUUUGACCUUGUUUCUUUUUUUAAAUUUCAGAGAGAGAUUAAGUUUAAUACUGUGAUCUGGACCACUUGAGUGAUUCCUGUAUGCAUGUGCUGAUUGGAGUGAUUCCUGUCAUGAAAGAUAGGGAGUACCAAUCUGAAUGGACCAUUCUAUUUAGGCCUCAGUUGUAGUUACAUUAGUGAUGGAAACAUUGUAUAGAUGAAGAGUAACCUGCGAUGAAUUUGUUUGUCUCCUUGCCAUUGACUCUUUUAAAGGCAGGGAUAGCUGACAACUGACAAGGCUUGUGUGUUGGUUCACCAUAUCCGUACAAUUCCUCCCAAAAAAAUAGCCAGAGGUGGUGUGGUGCAUUGCAUAGAAACGUAGCCAGACUGAUUAUCUGAGAUAAACAAUUAGAACUAGAACAAUUCGUUCAUGAUAGCUUAAACUAGAAAAGGUGAAGAUUUGCUUCUCAUGUCAUCAAUAUUGAGGUGAGCAUCAUCCAGAUGCAGCCUUUGUGGAAUCAUCUUCUCUGGUACAACAUUUAAAAAAUCAGUAUUCAGUGAAACGAAUGCCAACAUCGGCAUGAUUACCAAAGAUGAGACUCUAUAACAUUGUUGGUCAAAACACUAUAAUUGAUCUCUCCCAUUACAAGAGGGGGAAAAAAUAAUCUGUAAUCUGAAAAGAGGAGACAUCGACAAUAUCUUCCUCUUUUCAUUUUUUUCAUGAAUAAAUUUAACAGAUCCAAAAAUUUAUCUCAAGAAUUUAGCUUUUUAUUCGGAGUCUCUAACUGCGUCCAUUUUCGUCUGUUUAAAUGUAGAAUCAGUGACUUGUCUAUUACAUAGCUUCUUCUACAAACUUGGUGGCCUUGUUUUGGGCGCAUGCUUUUUAAAUGUGAUCUCUUAAUUGGACUGAUAAUCCAACACAGUAAAUAGGUGACCUAGUAUUCUUGGUUGUUAUUUUUGUGGGUCUUCCUUUAACACAGAAUUUGGGUGCUCUAUUUUUCCAGAUACGUGCCGUCGUUCAUACCACCUCCUUUGUCUAAUAAAGGAAGAGACCCUGAGAGGAAGGUCAGUUUUUGUGUGACAUUCAGUUUCUGUGUUCCCACAUUGUCAAUUUUUUUUUCUUUUUUAUACCAUCUUUAGUAGACUCUGCCAGAUGAUUAGUCAAAUUCUUAAAGUGCUUCUGGUAACUAAUUUAAUUUUUGUAUUGGCUGUUUUUAGGAUUUUGAAUAGCUCUGGACAUUAUGCAUUAGAAUGUGUGCACUCGUGCAUGUCUACAUCUCCAGUAUUUGUGUCAUAUUCUUAGUUAUUUGCUGUAACUAUAUGCCUGCCCACACUUUAUAAUCUUUAGAUGCAAGACAUCAUUGAUAAAAUGAUCUUCUUAGUGUUUUGUCAGUUCAGUUUUUUCCUCAAUAAGAUUUUUGUUUUCGAGGUGUCUUGUUUAGUGUAGAUUCUCUGAUUCAUAUUUGUUGCAGCAAAAGAGCAUAAACAUAGUAUUGAUGCAUGUUUUUAAUUGUCUAUUUUCUUCCUGAUUAGCACAGUAUAAAGCUUGAGCCUGGGUAAUCCGCUUGGUUAGUCAUUGAGCUCAGGUUAUUGGUAUUUGAUUCUAUCUAACAUGUUGUAUUUAUGUUUAGAAAGAGGAUGAGAAACCGAAGGAGAAAGAUAAAGGAAAGCCGCGAAACAUUGACUUCUUUUUGGAGGAGCUGAAAAUGGAACAAGAGAGGAGGGAGAAGCGUCAUCAAGACCGUGAACAGCGGCGUGAUGGGCGCCAUGACAGUUCUGCUGUAAGUAAACGUUUGCUGUCUCGCAUGAAGAGGAAAGUCUUUCCAUGAGAUGUUAGAUCCUGAUUGACUAUGCUGUUGUAUGCGAAAUUUCCUAGUUUAUUCUUUUUCCUUAUUAAAGCAUAUUUAAAUCUUGGUAAUGUGAACUCUUGAUAUUGUGCUAGUAACUUCUAAUGCUACUUCGAGCAAAUUCUUGUCCAAUAUUUUUUUCUAGAUGUAGGUUCUCUAUAUUUUCCUCGUGAUUCAUUUUGAUUUUAUGACUACUUUUAUUGCGUUUUUGGGGUAUAACUAUAUCGUAGUAUUUGGACUAUCUUUAGCUCAUGUUUUGUUGAUUCUUCAGCCAAUUAGUCGCUUUGAUGAACUGCCUGAUGAUUUUGAUCCAAGUGGAAAGUUUCCUGGGUCAUUUGAUGAUGGAGAUCCCCAAACUACAAACCUCUAUGUUGGGAACCUUUCACCUCAGGUAGUGUUGACACUCGUUUUCUCCAUACUCUUUGGUUUCUUCGUAGUUCAUGAUAAAAAAAAUGUGUUUUUAUCAUCAGGUGGAUGAAAACUUUCUUCUCAGGACUUUUGGUAGAUUUGGGCCCAUUGCUAGUGUGAAGAUAAUGUGGCCUCGAACUGAAGAAGAGCGAAGAAGACAAAGAAAUUGUGGUUUUGUUGCCUUCAUGAAUAGGGUGGAUGGACAGGCUGCAAAAGAUGAAAUGCAAGGUCUAACUUUUUUAACUGUUGUUACUUGCUUGUUUUUAUUGCCCGGGCUGUUUACGUUUGGUUUUAAACUAUUCUUUACCCGGAUACAGAAAUGCACAUUGUUUUAUUGCACUAUAUUACCUAACUUAUGAAUGACAUCAAUGGUCGAGUUUUUCUUACUCAUUUAUCUUAUGUCGACUAAACACUACGACUUAUUAAACAUAAUGUUUUGCGGUGUUCUUGUGGUAGGUAUGCUUGCUUUGGUGAGACAGGAUCCUAGACUUCUUAUGUACCUUUAGGGGAUGAAUGUGAUUAGGUUGUCUAGUCGCGAACAAUACCUUGCAGACUGUCAUCCUCGUCAUAUUGCUCGUUUUGAUUUACUAUUUCCAUUCGACCAGUCGGUGACGGUUUAGUGUUUGGACAUCAACUGAUGAUAUGAAGUUCUAGUUUCUUUCUUAUAAACAUUCUCUUUACGAACUGAUAUUCCUGAUAUUUAUUCCUUCUACGGAACUGGCAAAAAUUUCUGAUAUAUAUAUUUAAGACUUUCAAUUCUUAAAUGCACAUUUUCCCUCCUGUUUGUGGCCUUCUGCCCCAUCAUAAAAGACCUUGCAUUUGUUUAGGUGUUGUUGUCUAUGGUUAUGAAUUGAAGAUUGGCUGGGGCAAGUCCGUAUCUCUUCCUUCUCAGGCCCUACCUGCUCCUCCUCCAGGACACAUGGCCAUCAGAAAUAAGGAGGUUUGUGGUCUUUCUAGCUAUUAGUUGUUCUUUCUGAUUAUUUGGACCUCCAUAUGAGUUGGAUGAAACCUGAUACUUAAAAUCACCGUUUAUCCUUUUCCGUGUCAUUGACAGUUUGAUUAUUUGCUGGAUGGCAGGGUAAUACUGUUGUUUUGUCUGGUCCUGACGCCCCGCCUGUUACUACAGUGGCUACUCAAAAUUCUGAGCUGGUAUGUCUGUCGAGUUAUUGGAAUUUUUGGAUAUACGGCAAAUGAAAACUCAAACAUAUUGUAACAUUCGGUAAUGAACUGAGUUGUUGCAAAUGAGUAUUUUCCUCUGUAGCGUCUGUGCAGUUUUGAUAUUUGAGUAUUGCUCUCUUAGUAGACUUUUCGUUGUUCAACGAACCACUUCCUUGUCCUAUCAUCUCUGUCUGGUGACUUGUGCUUUCAGUCCGAAUCAUAGUAGCGAAGAUUUGACAUGAUAGGAUCUGGCUGGAUUUUUUUUUGUCAUGCUCUAUUCAUGUGGAUUUUUCGUCUCAUUUUCAUUGUAGUUUGUAAUUCCUUGCAAGUGACUCAUUAUGAUGGAGAUCAGUUAGUAAAGAAGAGUCGACUAAGAUUUUGCUUGUAAGUAACAUACUAAAGCAGACCCGGCUAUCAGUGGUAACAUUUAACGUAGUUCUGUAUAUUCCGAAGAUACAUGGUGGUGGAAUGAAGAUGUUAAUGGGGCUGUAAGAAGACAUCAAUAUUGUUACAGAAUUGAAGAUUUACAUAACUUUCAAAAGUUUAAGGAUUUUUACGAGAUAAGAGAGAUACUUUAUAUGUAAUAAAAGUGAGGAUCAUAAAAUUUAUCUUAAAGUAAUUAUCGGGGAGAAAUAUAUGAGAUUUCUUAUUCAGUCUGACAACGUAAAUGAUUGCUAGUCUGAGGGAAUCUUUCUAUGCUUUUUUUUUUUUGCGAAGUAUUUGUCUAUAAACCUUCAUAAGAGUUGAGAAAUUCUUCUCCAUGUCUGCUGUAAUGCUUUCAUGCUGUCUAUGUAGGUGCUUACACCAAAUGUUCCGGAUAUAAUUGUUGUUCCGCCUGAGGAUGACCACCUACGACAUAUAAUUGACACAAUGGCACUGUAUGUUCUUGAUGGUGGAUGCACAUUUGAACAAGCUAUAAUGGAGAGAGGUCGUGGGAAUUCCCUUUUUAAUUUCUUAUUUGAACUUGCUUCCAAAGAGCAUACUUACUACGUAUGGAGGCUAUACUCAUUUGCUCAGGUAAUCUUUAUUACUGAGUGAUACUGAAAUAUUUUGUUUCUUGGUGAUCAGAUGCUGUAAUGUGAUCAUUUUUUUUGUUUGAAAAGUCUAUCACUUAACAUUACGUCUGGAAAUGCAGGGUGACACCCUUCAACGAUGGCGAACAGAGCCCUUUAUAAUGAUUACUGGUAGCGGAAGGUAAUACCUUCUGGUUUCACUACAUCUUUUCGCAAAAGAAAUAGAGUCGAUCAAUACUACACGCUUAAAAGAAGAUUCAGUAAUGCAUGAUUUAUGUGGAAAACUAGUUAGUUCAACAUGCAAAACAAAACUAUUAUUAAGUAUACUGAAAAUUGAACUAUAAAGGUGGCCUAGCCCUCACAGUUCAGGCACAAUAACUUGAUAGUGAGCGAUGUACUCUACAACUAAGCUAUUAUUCCGUUGAUUGGGCCUCUCAUUUGUGUGAAAGUUAUUAUGCCUUCUAACUUAGAAUCCAUUGACUGUGAAUAGAGUAGGUUCAUCUUUAUGGUCACAUGUUUCUUUUUGUUUCAACAGAUAAAAGACCUUUCUUUACAUACUCUCUCACGUGUAAGCCAACUUUUGGGCUUUAUCACGUGGAAAAAUAAAUACGGUGUGCGCAGGCCCAGAAAACUAUCAGCUUUGAUACCAUGCUAAGCUUUUUCAACCAUCCUACUCUGAGCCAAAUCAAAAUUAAUGGAUUUGGGUCAUCUUUAUUAGAAAGAAGAUGGAAUAUUCUUAACAAAACAUUCACUCAGUUUUGUUGAAAAAUGUCCCUCCUGGUUGUGCUUAUAAAGUUCAUUCGAAGCAUCUGUUUGUGUUGCUACAAUAUUUCCACUUUUUGAUGUAUGGCCUUCAUUUUUAUUUAGAUGGAUGCCUCCUCCUCUACCGGCCGCCCACAGCCCUGAGCACGAGAAAGAGGCUGGCACCACAUAUGCCGCUGGAAGAAGCAGGGUAGACCAUUGUUUCCUCACUUUAUCGAGUUGGAUAUUUGUUUUUUUUUUCACUCAUGAUAAUAGUCCUUGUAAUUUUAGCAAUGUGCUUUCUGGGCCUGUAUCCUUCAAUUCCAUUGAAGUGAUUCUAUAUUUUGGAGUGUCAACAUCCCCUGUAAAGUAUUUAUGCUGUUUUUGGAUUAACUGUCACAGCGUGUGGAGCUGGAGCGCACAUUGACAGACCCGCAAAGAGAUGAAUUUGAGGAUAUGCUACGUGCUUUGACUUUGGAGAGGAGCCUAAUAAAGGAGGCCAUGGGCUUUGCCUUAGAUAAUGCUGAUGCUGCUGGUGAGGUAAUGUGAAUUUUUCCGUCGUGUGUUUAUAGCAAAGGGGAACAUGAUCCUUGUGUAAUCUGAUUUGCUAGUUAAAUGGUUUUGCUCAACCAAGUUAAGGCACAAUUUAUUACAGGGUUUUCACCUAUAUAUUUUUCUGUUCGGAGAUUUUGGGCUUUCCAUCCUUUUUAGUUCCUUCAUAAACUAUCUGAUUUGGAGUAACAUAAGUGCAUCUGGAAGAAAGAUGUAUCCCAUUUAUGUUGAUUAUGUCGCCAGGAAUUAUGUUUUUGUGACGAAGAUAAGUCUAAAUCUUCAGCCAUAUAUCUACAUAUAUUCGCCUUCUAAUCUAAGACCCUUAUUCUCCUUACAUACGCGGAAAUACAUUGCCUAAAGCUGUUAUUUGGCUCUUUUGCAAUUAUAUUAAAAUACCAUUUUGUGUUCCCAGAUUGUGGAAGUUCUUACUGAAUCUUUGACCCUCAAAGAGACACCCAUACCAACCAAGGUUUCGAGGCUUAUGCUGGUCUCUGAUAUACUGCACAAUAGUAGUGCUCCAGUAAAAAAUGCUUCAGCGUAUCGAACAAAGUUUGAAGGAACUCUUCCCGACAUCAUGGAGAGCUUUAAUGAUCUGUACUGCAGCAUCACAGGAAGAAUCACUGCUGAAGCCCUGAAGGUAACCCAUGAUUAUCAUGUUUUAAUGAGUUUUUGUUUGCCCUGAUUCUGUUCGACUCACGAGACUUUGCACUUUGUUUGGAUUUGCUGCAGGAACGAGUUCUAAAAGUUCUUCAAGUUUGGUCAGACUGGUUUCUCUUCUCAGAUGCCUAUGUAAGUGGGUUAAGAUCGACUUUCCUCAGGCCGGGCAACUCAGGUGUGACUUCCUUCCACUCUAUAUGUGGCGAUGCUCCCGAAAUUAUUAGCAAGGUUAACACUGAAGAAAAAGCCGAAGGAGGUAAGUUUGACCAAGAUGCUGCGUUGGCUGUGGGGAAGGGGGCUGCGAUGAAGGAGCUGUUGGGUCUCCCGCUUGCCGAGCUGGAAAAGAGAUGCAGACAUAAUGGGCUCUCUCUGUGUGGCGGUAGAGAAAUGAUGGUUGCAAGAUUGCUUUAUCUCGAGGAUGCAGAAAAGCAGAGAGUCUUUGACCGGGAUGAGGGCUUGAAGUAUGGACAAAACCAUUCAAACAAGUACUCUAGGGAGGACAGCGGGUGGAGUCCUAAUGUUUCUGGCCGCAGAGGGGAGAGCUUGGGAGAGCCCAUGGCCAAAUCUUCGAGGAACAGGCGCGGUGAAGAAGGGAUCCAGGCAGAUGGUCAAGGCUCAUCAACACAAUUAGCCAGUGCUCUUGGAAUUCCUCAGCCUGAAUCUAGGGCUUUCGCAAGCAAGAAAGAAAAAUCUGAUCCCAUUCUGGUUUCAAAAUGGGCUGAAGACGAUGCCAGCGACGAUGAUGACAGAAAGGACUCCAAGGAUCUGGGUCUUGGGUAUUCCUCAUCUGGGAGUGAAAAUGCCGACGGAAUACGCGGCAAGAACGACGAGGCAGAGGUGGCAUCAGAGGGCGUUGUCCCCCACGCGGACAGCAUCAUGACUGAGGAACAGAGGUGGGUUGUGGUUCUUGGGGUCGUGCAUCAUAAGUUGUGUCAAUUCUUUCUCUACUGAUUUCUUGAUUAUUUCUUCGCUCAGGCAGAAAUUGAGACGUUUAGAGGUUGCUGUCAUGGAGUAUCGCGAGUCCCUUGAAGAGCAAGGGGUCAGAAACACGGAUGAAAUCGAGAGGAGGGUGGCAUCGCAUCGAAGGCGACUGAAAUCAGAGUUUGGUUUAGCUGAUUCUGGUGAAGAUGCCCGGGCAGCGAGCGGGAUUCCAUCUCGUAAGUCAAACUGACACCGAAUCAUUCUCUGAAAAUUUCUUUCCGAGCUUGCUGGGUCUUCGUUUUCUGGGCAAUUACAGCAUUAUUUUAUAAAAGCUUGCCUCUUGAUCUCGUUUCAAUAGUGAUUUUGCUAGAACCAGUGCACCAUCUCACAAAUAAUCAUAAGAUCUCACAAUGUUUUAGCAAACGUUUCUAGCUUUCUGCGUGAAAUCUUCCAAUAGAUCCUUUCCAGAAACGGUAAUCUUUUCACCUUGUCUUAACCACAUAUGGGUUAUCUUCUUCCCCGCCACUAUUGCAGAGCGGUCCUCACUCGACAGGAAGCAGAGAUACGACGCCGCCCCUGAUUCCUCGAGGAAGCGCCACCGCGGCGAGAGCCGAAGCCAGAGCCCGGCUAAGAAGGCGGCGAGAGACCGGGACAGGCAGCGGGAGAGGGAGAGGGAGAGGGCCCAGGAGCCUGAAGGUGAGAAGAGGAAGGAGCGAGAGAAGAGCGGGAGCAGGGAGCGUGAUGACCAUGAGAGAGCGAGAGAAAGAGAUGGAGACUGGAGAAGAAGAGGGAAAUGA